AGCGUUUCUUUUGUAGCGUGUGCAUCAGUCUAUAAUAAAGUUCGAACCGGUAUCAUCGAGUGGCAUUUGAAGCAACGUCGACGAUAGCAUAGGAUACCUCGAUCUAUAAAAGGCGAAUGCAAAGAUAAACGCUCGUCAGUAGCAUCGCGUUCGUAAUAUCUGGAAAACGAAGUAUUACUUGAAAUAAGAGAGUUCAGAAUUGCCUGCCGGUUGAAUCUCAAAGAUGAAUCCGCACGUAAUUAUCUUGCUGAGCCUGGCGGCAAUAAUAUCAGCGGCGAACGAGCCGAUAGCUAUCAUCAGGCAGGAGCAGGACGUCAGCCCGGACGGUAGCUUCUUCACGAAAUGGGAGAGCGCCAACGGGAUAACCUUCGAGGAACAGGGGGUGCAAAAGAAUUCCGGUCAGAAGGACAAAGAGGCCGAGGAGGUGCGCGGCUCGGUCACGUGGACCGCGCCUGACGGACAGAAGAUUAAUCUCGGCUGGCUGGCGAACGAGAAUGGCGCCACUUUCCAAGGGGCGCAUCUGCCGACUCCGCCACCCCCGCCGGAAAUUCCGCCUGUCAUCCAGCGCGCCCUCGAGUGGAUAGCCGCUCACCCUUACAAGGAGGAGAUAAACAGAGUGUAAUCGCUGAUGCGGUUUUGCUACAAACAAGCUUUGACCGAUCAUGUAGUUGUACAUGUUUAACUUGACGUCGUAUGUGAAUAAAAUUAAAAAGAAAAAAAAAGAAUUUAUAUAUAAAAAUCUCUUCUGUAUACUCUAAACAAACCUGUCAUUUCAUUCCUUGUGAGUGUAUUCAACGACUUGAUGAAACAAUCACGCGUGCUGUGUACGAUUAAUUGGAGUAAUUGUGAUAAACUGGGAUAAAUAUGUGAUAUUGAAACGUUUCGCCAGAGGGAUAAACUCAGUUACAAAAUUAUUGAAAUUGAUAACAGCUUGUUUAAUAUAUAUUAUCAGAUUAUUAAGAAGUAAUUACGCUAUCAAUUAUAACGUUGCAAAAUAUGACGUUAUACACGCAGUGUUUGCUUCGAUAUAACAUAAUUAUCUUGUUUGACUGUAUAAUUUAAACGAUUCUAUCUUCCAUCGGCUUACCGCAGAGAAUGGAGUAUGCAAGGAUAAGGGAGGGGGAGGGGGAGAGAGAGAGAGAGAGAGAGAGUUAUUGAUUUAAGAUCAAAACAUCUUGUAAACUUUAGACCUAAUAAUGCAUAAGUCUGUACAGGUCCACGAAUAUAAAUUUAUCCAUCGGUCACUUCGGAUGUA